AUGAGACGAGAUAAUAAAUUGAUCUUGGUUCUUACUUCUUCUCUCUUGGAAAAAGAAGCAGCAGCAGCAGUAAUUAAGACCCACACAGCAGUAAUCCUCUAUCGUCGAGGUCACUUAGGAAAGUGUUUGCUGAAAGCAGUAGGCAUUUUCGCCAAAAAAUCCCUGCCUCUUAAGAAGUCCUACUUUCUCCCAUCACCCGUUGCUUUCUCACAGCCAACAACAGGGCCAACUUGUUCAACAGACCUCCGCUCAUCUACAAAACCGACCCUGAUUAUAAUAAUGAUAUUAUCCUCUGCUACCAGCUUGUCUAUACCCAAGCUGUCUUUUUUUUUUUUACCCCCUCUCUCUCAUUUACACCCCCCAUGUUUUUUUCUCUCUCUCUCUUCUCCCUUUCUCUCUCCUUCUCCUCCUUUCUCUCUCCCUUUCUCUCUCCCUUUCUUUCUCUCUCCCCUUUCUCUCUCUCUCUUUCCUUCUCCUUUCUCUCUCCCCUUUCCCUUUCUCUCUCCUUUCCUUCUCCCCUUUCUUUCUCUCUCCUUUCCUUCUCCCUUUCUUUCUCUCUCCUUUCCUUCUCCCUUUCUUUUCUCUCUCCUUUCCUUCUCCCCUUUCUUUCUCUCUCCUUCUCCCUUUCUCUUUCUUUCUCCAUUCCUUUCCUUCUCCCCUUUCUUUCUCUCUCCUUUCCUUCUCCCCUUUCUUUCUCUCUCCUUUCCUUCUCCCCUUUCUUUCUCUCUCCUUUCCUUCUCCCCUUUCUUUCUCUCUCUCUUUCUCCCCUUUCUCUCUCUCUCCUUUCCUUUCUUUCUCUCUCCUUUCCUUCUCCCCUUUCUUUCUCUCCUUUCCUUCUCCCUUUCUUUCUCUCUCCUUUCCUUCUCCCUCUUUCUUUCUUCCUUUCCUUUCCCUCUUUCUCCUUUUCCUUCUCCCCUUUCUUUCUCUCUCCUUUCCUUCUCCCCUUUCUUUCUCUCUCCUUUCCUUCUCCCUUUCUUUCUCUCUCCUUUCCUUUCCUUCUCCCCUUUCCUUCUCUCCUUUCCUUUCCCUUUCCUUUCUCUCUCCUUUUCCUUCUCCCCUUUCUUUCUCUCUCCUUUCCUUCUCCCCUUUCUUUCUCUCCUUUCCUUCUCCCAUCAUUCUUUCUCUCUCUUUCCUUCUCCCUUUCUUUCUCUCUCCUUUCCUUCUCCCCUUUCUUUCUCUCUCCUUUCCUUCUCCCUUUCUUUCUCUCUCCUUUCCUUCUCCCCUUUCUUUCACUCUUUCCUUCUCCCUUUCUUUCUCUCUCCUUUCCUUCUCCCCUUUCUUUCUCUCUCCUUUUUCUCCCCUUUCUUUCUCUCUCCUUUCUUCUCCCUCUUUUCUCUCUUUCCUUCUCCCCUUUCUUUCUCUCUCCUUUCCUUCUCCCUUUCUUUCUCUCUCCUUUCCUUCUCCCCCCUUUCUUUCUCUCUCCUUUCCUUCUCCUUUCUUUCUCUCCUCCUUCUCCCCUUUCUUUCUCUCUCCUUUCCUUCUCCCCUUUCUUUCUCUCUCCUUUCCUUCUCCCCUUUCUUUCCUUCCUUUCCUUCUCCUUUCUUUCCUUCUCCUUUCUUCUCUUUUCUCCCUUUUCUUCCCCCUUUCUUUCUCUCUCCUUUCCUUCUCCCCUUUCUUUCUCUCUCCUUUCCUUCUCCCCUUUCUUUCUCUCUCCUUUCCUUCUCCCCUUUCUUUCUCUCUCCUUUCCUUCUCCCCUUUCUUUCUCUCUCCUUUCCUUCUCCCCUUUCUUUCUCUUUCCUUCUCCCUUUCUUUUCUCCCCUUCUCCCUUUCUUUUCUCUCUCCUUUCCUUCUCCCCCCCUUUCUCUCUCCUUUCCUUCUCUUCUUUUCCUCCUUUUCCUUCUCCCUUUCUUUUCCUUCUCCCCUUUCUUUCUCUCUCCUUUCCUUCUCCCCCCUUCUUUCUCUCUCCUUUCCUUCUCCCCUUUUAUUUCUCCUUUCCUUCUCCCUUUUCUUUCUCUCUCCUUUCCUUCUCCCCUUUCUUUCUCUCUCCUUUCCUUCUCCCCUUUCUUUCUCUCCUUUCCUUCUCCCCUUUCUUUCUCUCUCCUUUCCUUCUCCCCUUUCUUUCUCUCUCCUUUCCUUCUCCCCUUUCUUUCUCUCUCCUUUCCUUCUCCCCAAUAUAUCAUUUUCCCUCAUAUUAUUAUUACUACUACUAUCUAUAUAUCUAUCUCUCUAUCUAUAUCUAUCUAUAUGUAUCCCUCUCUCUCUCUCUCUAGCACCACCCCCUCUCUCUCUCUCUCUCCCUCUCUCUCUAGCACCACCCCCCUCUCUCUCUCUCUAGCACCACCCCUCUCUCUCUCUCUCUCUAGCACCACCCCCUCUCUCUCUCUCUAG